GGAUUGGUACCCUAGAUCCGCUGCAAUGUGUAAUAAGUUCAGUAUUGGAAACUUCUUCCUUUCAAUCUUUCUCAUCUAUUCUCUUAAUGCAUAUCCCGUAAUCACGGCCUUCCAUGAUUCCAUCACAAAUCGCACGGAUGAGGUUUCCUUACUGCUGGCGAAGCAUGUCAUCUCCGCCGCAAUUGAACGCGGCGAAAGCGUUGCUUUGUCUCCCCUUUCCAUUACCACCUUGUUGGGUAUGAUCGGCGGCGGCUCUCAAGGCGGAGCACCCGAUCAAUUACCGGGUUUCCUCAAUCCUGUUUCCACCAACAACGUUAUAAAGAAAUCUCGUGCUUCCGAUUUUGUCGCCAGUAUCUUUGCUGACGGUGGCGGCGGCUCUUCCUUGUCUGGGGCGAACGGCGCGUGGAUUGACAAAUCUCUGACGCUUAAGCCAGCCUGUAAACAUCAUAUAGAAAGCUCUUACAAUGCUCUCAUUCAAUCUGUUGAUUUUCGUGAAAAGGCAAGAGAAGUAAAUGAUGACGUGAAUUCUUGGGUUGAAAAGAAAACUGGUGGUCUUAUUAGACAACUACUUGAUGGAAGUACAAUUACCCCUCAAACGAUUAUGGUUCUUGCAAAUGCACUUCAUUUCAAAGGAGCUUGGGCGAAUGAAUUUGAUGUUGCAAAUACAAUAGAUCUCGAUUUCUACCUCAUGGAUGGGGCAUCUGUCCAAGUCCCCUUUAUGAGCAGUAGUGAAAAACAGUACUUGAAAGCGUUUGACGGUUUCAAAGUCCUAAGAAUGCCGUAUCGACUAGAUGAGAAUCAAGAAAGAUGGCGAUUCUCUAUGUACUUCAUCCUCCCGGAUGCGGAGGAUGGACUACCAUCUUUGGUUGAUAAGCUUACUUCAGAAUCUACAUUCUUAGAGCAGCACAUACCCUACAAUAGAGUUAAGGUUGGAGAGUUUGGUAUACCAAAGUUCAAAAUAUCCUUCGAUUUGGACGUUUUAGAUGUUUUGGAAAAGCUCGGAGUCACAAAUGCCGGCCAUGCUCUAAGUGGAAUGAUUGAAAAUCCUCUGAGUACUCCGAUUGAUUCGAAAAUUUUUCACAAGAGCGUUGUCGAGGUCAAUGAAGAAGGUACAGAAGCUGCAGCUGUUACAAUGGGGGUUCUUUCUGGUUCUUCACGUGUAGUGCCUGUGGAAGAAAAAAUGGAUUUUGUUGCAGAUCACCCCUUUCUCUUCUUCAUUCAGGAAGAUUUAAGCAGGACCAUUGUUUUUGCUGGCUCUGUGCUCAAUCCCGGUCUCUGAGUACUUGUUUCUCCUAGAUAUUUUAACACUUGUUUAUUUUAUAAAAUCGUCCUGAAACCUAUCAUUAUUUAUGUAAAGCUAUUAUGGAGUACUUGAAGUAUUUUAGAUGUCAAACUAGUACAGUACUCGGGCAUACGCACGGAAAAAAAACAGUCGGUGCA